AUUCGAUAGUAUAUCCAUAACUCUACGAAUGCAUCAGUGGAUGUUCUACAAAUAUUAAACUCUAUAUAUUAUUACUGUAUUUUUACUCUUUUCUCUAUAGCACAAGUAGAUUUUAAAAACAUUGCGAGUGUAAAGUACGCAGUGCGGCUUUAUAGGGUGUUUGAAGAAAAUUUAUAAAUAUAAAAUGUUGCGUAUUUUGGGGAGAAGUGUGUCUGAAAGCUUGUUGAAAACAACGAACAGUGGUGCUAGCGCUGUCUUGUAUCACAAAAAUGUGCUGGACCACUACGAAAACCCUCGCAACGUUGGCUCGCUGGACAAGAACGAUUCAAAAGUGGGGACAGGCCUGGUUGGCGCCCCCGCGUGUGGGGACGUGAUGAAGUUGCAGAUCAAGGUGGACGACGAUGGCAAGAUAAUAGACGCCAAGUUCAAGACCUUCGGGUGUGGUUCGGCCAUCGCGUCCAGCUCCCUGGCCACGGAGUGGGUGAAAGGCAAGACGGUGGACGAGGCAUUGAAGUUGAAGAACACGGAUAUUGCCAAGGAGCUCUCUCUCCCACCCGUGAAGCUGCACUGCUCGAUGCUAGCAGAAGAUGCCAUCAAAGCAGCACUUUCAGAUUACCGCAUCAAACAGGAGUCUCUCAAGAAGGAAGACAAAACUUCAGGCUAGAUUGCUUCCUUAACCACUCUUCAUUCUUGAAGAUUUAGAUGAUAAAUGUUGGUGUAACUUCUAUAAUUUGUUACAUUAUAGAUUAUUAUAAAAAAAUUGUCAUAAAAUUAAAUUUAUUGUGUUCAAAAAAUUGCCCUGAUUAUAAAAAGAAACAUUUUUCACUUAAUGUUCUCAUAUUUAUUAUAAUAUACCUACUUAAAUUUUUUCUUCUUGAAAGCUUUUGGUGGGUUAAUUUAAUGACAUGAAAACAGAAUUCAAUUUGCUAUUACGUAUCCGUAGGCUAGACCCUUUCUUAUAAAUUGAUGUGUGCCUAAGUGAGCCUGCUAAAGAAUAAAUGUUGACACGUAGAGACGUGUGUGUCACUGUACUGUGUACACUACUUGACACUGCUCACCUUUGCUGCUUACUGUGUGUAGAUCUGAUAGGUGAAUGGAGGAGUUUUAAGUUAUUUUUUUCCUUUCAAAUGAGACAUUCAGCGUGUGAAAGUGUAAGGUGUGUUUGGACUAGCAGUGCCUGGAAGACAGUGAUGCUGUCACACUUGGUGAAUGGACUUGAUUCCCACUCUGUAUCUGUUUACUAAAAAAAAAGUGAAAGGCAAUGCUCUAGGUCAAGAUAAACAUUUUCUGUCUAGAAUUGUUAACCCCUAACAGCUAUUUAUUUAAUAUAUUUAAAUGAAAAUACUUUCUUGCUUAAGUAGCUGUCAAAAUUACAUUUUUAACAUUUUGGCUGCCUACAAAAUAGGGAAGAACCUGUAUUUCAAAACACACAUUCCAUUAUAAAGGCCAGUGUUACUGGUUAAUUCAUUACAGUUAGUUGUUUAAAUAAAAAACAGUUACAAAAAUGUAUCGUGGAGAAAUUUAAAUUUUUUUAUGAAGUAGCUUUAGGCUUUAGCAUUGACUUUCAUCCUGUAAAGUUUCUUUCUUGUAAUCAGUUUAUUUCUUGUUUUGGGUAGGCACCCAGAAUUUUACAAAUGGAAUUUUGGUUAUCAUUCAAAAAAUAUACUAGGAAUAUUUACAAUUUUUACAAAAAAUAAUUAUCAAUCUACAGGUAGAACAAAAUUUCAAAACAACUUUAAUUUUUUUAAUCUUGUUUUUUUCAUAAAUUGCAUCUAUUAGAAUUACCAUUUUUGUUUGUGUUGUUUAUGGAUAAUUGUAAGACUGAUUUUGAAAAAAAGAGACUUGUCUAAAAAUGUGGUAUUAUUACACAGUAUAUGAUCUGGUAGAUUUCCCCAGCUUCAUUUUACCUGCCAUGCUGUUGCUUGAAUGCCGCCUGUCAUCCAUUUAGCAUGUCCAGUGAGGAGAAUGUAAAAUACGUAACAACAGUUUCCCUGCAAGGGGUAUCAGAACAUGCUAGUUAUUAAACAAAUACAUAUAUUUAAUUGCAUUUUUACCACCAGUACAGUUCCUAUAGUUGUAAAUUUUGUAAUAUAGUAUCUGUAUGAACUUUUUGAUUAUAACUGUUGCAACAUGAGUGAAGGUGGUUCAUAGUUAAAACAUAUUUUUUAUGCACAGCUGAAGUGUGUUAGGUCUGAUCACAGAAAGUUGGUACAUUUCGUAACUUUGUAGUCAAUUGGCAUACUGUAUAUAAUAAUUGACUACAGGACUAGGGUUACCAGACACUGAUAACAAAAAAGGAGGACAUUCAACUCACAAAAGGAGGACAUUUCACUAAAAAGGAGGACAAUAUAUUUUUUUUAAAAACCCAUGAAUUAAUUACAAUGGAGUACGAUAUUUUACAAUGUUUUGGCAUUUAAUACAGUUUCAGUAUAAAGAAUCAAACAAACUACGCAUAUAGGUACAGCAUAUUAAAAACACGUGCUUCUGCAUGUGCUGCUACCUGUCAAGCUGUCAUAGAACUACUUACUAGUGGGGUGACUGCGGACAGUGCAUUAGCGCGCACCGCGCGCUUUACUCAGAGUGUAACUGCAGGAAUUAUCUCACUUUUUAUAAAAAAAAGCCGGACAUUUUGGAGCAUUAAGGAAAAUCCGGCCGGACGCAAAAAAAUACAUAAAAAGGAGGACAUGUCCUCCUUUUGCCCGACGUCUGGUAACCCUAUACAGGACUGAUAUGACCUGUUAUAAUCAUGUUUGUGUGUUUAUGUAGUUUGUACAGUUGCUUAAUAAACAUAUUGUAUUAAACUUUAACUUUGUAUGUGACUAAAUACAAUAUGAAUUGAAUUAAAA